GCACGAUGGCGGAAGCUGAUGACGGGCAAGCGUUGCCUCGCCUUGCAGCCGCUUCUGCGACCGCUGCUGCUGCUGCUGAGGGUGAUGGUGAUGGCGAUGGCGGCAGGGGAAGUGCACUGACAUGGGUCUCGCUGUCGCCUGGGAAGAGGACCACCCUCGCCUCUGUGCGAGCUCAAGCCAGGCAAAGGGCAUCGCCGUUGCGCCACGUGUGCAAGGUCGCCGGCGUUUGGCCACCGCUCGCUUCGUCUUCAUCAUCGUCGCCCAACCACGAUGGUCAGCACCGGCACCGGCACCACAACGUCCAUGCAACGCCAGAGCACAUGUCACGCUGCUUUGUCACGACGGAGGAGGAGCUAAAGCUCAGGGAAUUGCCCCUGUCCAACAGGAAGGACGACAACAGGAACAGGUCUCCUGUGGUCUAUGUGCAUCCCAGCAACAGUGUCCUGCAAGAAGGCAGCACCUCCACCUGGUGCUGGCUGCACGCGCCGUCAGCAUCAGCGUCAAAGCGAACAGUCUUGGUUAAGGUGGAGCCGUGUGCCGCCCAAUGUGCCGCUGUCAAAGGCGAAGGUGCGCUCAGUUCCUCAGCAGUCCUGCUGAACCACCGUGCAGCAUACUUGUUGUCAAACGGCUUGUUAGCACAACCAGACACGGUUCAGCUCGCUCGGCACACGCCCAUCACGCUGCGUUACUCACCAUCGCCUGCGUCCCGCCUCCACCGAACUCCCAGCAGCAGCAGUAGUGUUAUCGAAGCCGCAGCCCCUUCGUCGGCAUCGACAGUGUACCUUGAGCGGCUGCACUGCCCCUUCUGGAAGCCUGCCUUCUCCUGCACGGCAGCCAUCCACCACGCCCUGUCCGUUCUCGCCGUCGUGCACGUGGGCGACGUCAUAUGCGUGCGCAUUGACGACGGUGCCAUGCAGCAGGUCGUGCGCGCAACGGGCAGGCUCGACAUCACCCCUUGGCCAACCCAGUACCACCACCACCACGACCAGCACGACGACCACGACGACGACGACGAGCAGCAACAUUCGCGGGUGCACCUGCCUCGGGGAGGGGAGCCACUGCACUGGCGGUCCAACGACUGUGUGUUCUUCCGCGUCCGGGCCAUCGCCUCCCGUCAGCCGCUUUUCAAAGCACAGCCACCAUUCACGGGCGUGGUGCUGCCAUCACGCAGCAAGCGCACGCCUGCAAGGACCAAGCGGAGAACACCCGCAGCAACAGCCGAUACCACUUCCGCCGCCACGCAGCGCCGAGGGCAGCAUCGGCGUCGAGUGCCUGCAAGCAACACCCAAUUCAACAGCUCAACACAGAGUGCAAGCCAUUCUCCAACACGGGCGACGUACCCAGGAAGCGAAGAGCACGAACGAAGAGGAGGAGGUUUGCUACACACGGCUGUGCGCAGCGCGCUUUCGUGGUUUGACUGGGAUGGUGAUGAUGACAACGAUGACGGUGCUGGUCGUGAUAGUGUUCGCAAUAGAGGAGACGAAGCAUUGGGCCAGAGAAGAGAGGGGGAAAACGCACCAGCAACGGCAGCAAGCACUGGUGGUGGAAGUGAAGAUGCAAGCGAGGAGGAACAAGAGGAAGGGCGUGGACGCGUUGCAAAACAACAGACGCCAGCAAGACCGGUCGAUGAUGACGAUGAUGACGAUGGUGGUGGCAGUGAUCAUAAUGAUGCUGAAGAGAAGAGUGAGGAGUAUGAGGUGGUGUGUGCAUUGUUCGAUGCUGAUGCGACUGCGGUGGUCAGUGUUGGAGCCACCAAUGACUACAGGCCGUACCGCACGCAUGCGCUGUGCUGCCACCAACUCCGGCAACCAUCCACGCCAUUCGCGUGUGAUGCGGUACUCGCUGCGCCCGUUGGUGUGGAGGAUGAGUUUUCACAACUCUCGCGUUACAUUCACGCAAUGAAAGCGGGCGGAAGCGAGGCCCUCACGUCAUUUGUGCGCAUACACACGGACGACGAAGAUACCUUGGCUGCGCCCACAGGGUAUGCGAGCAAACUGCAUGGCUUUGACACGCUGCAUGCCACGUGUAUUGACCUCGCCACGCCAUCGCCGGCAAAGACAGAGAAGAGGCUUGAGCAGGUGUGGCGGACGGCUGUUGCUGCGCGCCCGCUGGUUGUGUGUCUGUCAAGCGCACAGCUGCUCUUCUCCGCAGAGGAAGAGGACAGGCUGGAGCUGGUGCCGCGGUAUGUGUCGCUCCUUCGUCAGCUGUCGUCGUCAUCAUCGUCGUCAUCAUCGUCAUCAUCGUCAUCAUCAUCGUCUCGUGGCGACGGGUUGCCUGUGAUGAUCAUUGCGCUGUUUCCACACGCGUGCGCACACAAGCUGCUGCCAGAUGUCAAGGAACUCUUUACGCUCGCCAUUCACGCCAAAGACUUUGAAGCAGAGAACAAGCGCGCCAUGCUGACUGCGUUGCAUCAUGAUGGUCGAGUGGACCGGAUGUCCACAUCCAUCGGCGUGGCGACGGCCGUCCAGGAACUGACGCGGUCCUCCCUGCACCGCGCAGUGCACCUUGCAGCUGCCAACUCAACUUCAGGAUGUGUCACGAGCGAGCAGUUGCUGGCGGCGGCGCGGUCCAUAUGUGCACUUAAUCCGGACAAGCAACAGCGUUCGUCCUUAAUCCCAACCACGCGGUGGAGCGACGUGGGCGGGCUGGCGCAGGCGAAAGAAGAUAUUCUGGAGACGAUUGAACUGCCGUUGCGACGGCCGGACCUCCUCCCUCCGGGACUAAAGCGCACGGGGCUGCUGCUGUACGGGCCGCCAGGCACAGGCAAGACGCUGCUGGCGAAGGCGGUUGCAAACGAGUGCAAUGCACGAUUCAUGAGCGUGAAGGGACCAGAGCUCAUCAACAUGUAUGUCGGGCAGAGCGAAGCCAACAUCAGGGAGCAGCAGUGUCGCUGUAACGGCACACGUGCAGAACGCACACGCCUGCACAAGCGCAACCGUCUGGAGACGACCAAAGAGAAGGGUGGAGCCGAGGAAUCCGCCCAACAGCGGGCCAACAACGAACCCGGCACUGCCGGCGCUGUGCAGACGCCCAAGCUUUGA